AUGUGCUUCGGCAAGGACGAAAAAGAUGAUACGCCUGCGGCGCGGCCUGCGCAGGCUUCCUCGCCCCGCGCCUCCCACGCUGGCUCCCAGCGCUUUGCUCGGCCCGCGAGCAUCCGCAGCAAGUCGAGCGAGAAGAAGCGCCAAGAGAAGGAGAGCCAGAACCACCAACAGCCACAACAAGGCGAAUCGUCAGCCUCCAAUCACGACCACUAUGCUACUCCCUCGGGGCCGCCUCCUGGCCAUGGCGAAUACGCACCUCCUGCCGGCCCUCCUCCUCCUCCUCAGACCUCCAGCAGUAACGGCUAUGCUCCUCCUUCGGGACCCCCGCCCGCCCAAUAUGCCGCGCCGAGCUCCCCGCCGCCACACCAUGAUCACAACGAGCAGUUCGCGCCCCCUCCCGGGCCGCCUCCCGGGCCGCCUCCCGGCUUCUCUGCACCGCCAGGUCCCCCGCCCGGACACAACACAGAGGCGCCUUCCGGCCCUCCACCCCACCAGUACGAACCCCCGAGUGGGCCUCCUCCGAGCCAUAAUGUGAAUGGCGGCUACGCAGCGCCUCCGGGUCCUCCUCAGGGCCAAGACUACGACGCACCAGCUGGCCCUCCUCCGGGCUUCUCUGCCCCUCCCGGCCCCCCUCCUGGUCAUGAGACGCACGAUGCUCCGGAGCGCCCUGUACGUCUGCUUCCCGACGGAAGCUACGCUCCUCCCGAGUCGCGAACACACGAGACAUAUGCCCCUCCUGCCGGGCCCCCUCCUGGCCACGGCCAGUUUGCGCUGCCGGUUGAAGGACCGCCCGCCGGAGGACCACCGGCUGCUGGCGGUGACUUUGCCCCGCCGCCGGGCCCGCCACCCGGUGGCGAUAUCUAUGGCCCUCCUGCUGGUGCGCCCCCAGGAGGUGACAGCUACGGCCCGCCUGCCGGUCCUCCUCCUGGCGGAGACUACGCGCCGCCUCCCGGUCCUCCCCCUACCGACUCGAAGAGCCAGCACGACUGGCAGCAUGCCGUGCCCGACACGUCGCUCUUCCCACCCCCUCCCUCCUUCUUCACCGGCUUUGAGCGCUCGCCGGCGAACAAUGCUUCCGAGCAGGAGGCCCAUGCUGGCGCCGCAUGGUGCGACCAGUACCCUCUCAUCCAGCCUGUGCCGCUGCCACCACAAGCGCAUGAGGCGCUCCGUACGCACAACAUCAACCUCAUGCAGCCGCAAAACUUUCGGGGUACGCUCGCGCCCUCGGCCACAGUCCCGGGCACGUGGGAAGGCCGCACCGAUGUCUCGGCCAAGGACAGCUGUAUCAUUGGCUACCCCCCGCUGUACUCGGCGCACGCACACUCGCCACUGGUCACGGGCCGCCCCGUCCGCAUCUACUACGAGGUGCACAUCCGCCCCGACAGCCGGCCCGACGAGGUCGACCUCGCGCUGGGCUUCACGGCACUGCCGUAUCCCAACUUCCGCAUGCCCGGGUGGCACCGCGGAUCGCUGGCCGUCCACGGCGAUGACGGCCACAAGUACGUCAACGACUGGGCCGGCGGUCACUCGUUUACGGAGCCAUUCCGAGUCGGCGAGACGGUGGGUAUCGGCAUGUCGCUAUCGCCUCGUGGCGACGGCAGCAUCAACGUCGACAUCUUCUUCACGCGCGAGGGCAAGAUUGUGGGCAGCUGGAACUUGCACGAAGAGGGUGAUGCCGAGGAGGACCUGCCGGUCACGGGUCUCGAGGGCUACCACGAUCUGAGCUGCGCCAUUGGAACGUUUAACCACAACAGCUUUGAGAUUAUCUUUGAGCCCAGCCGGUGGAAGUACCAGGACGCUCGGGAGAGCACGAUUGCGGGUGAGGGCAAGGGAUGGGCUCAGUGA